AUCUUUUUAAUUGAUGGUGGCAAAGGGCAAUGAUAAAAGCUGAGGAUAAAAGGCUUUGGAGAACAGACUCAGUGGAAAAACUGACCAUGGCUCGUUUCUUUUUACUGCACAUCGUUUUGCUCGUCGCUGCAGCCCUGGCCAACGAAUCUUCAAACAAGCCACCAGAAUCAGAGUUUCAACAGGAAAUGUUGAAGAAUUUGAACAAAACGAAUGAAAAGCUGGACCGUUUAAUGAGAAUCGUCUACAAUCAGGUUGUGGAGACGCGGAGGGCGGCGGAAGAGCAAAACGAGGCGCAGAUAAAAUUGGAGAAAAAUGUGAACAUAACAAACGAAAAGCUGGAACGUUUAAGGAGAAUCGUCUAUGAUCAGCCAAUGGAGAUGCGGAAGCUGGCGGAGGAGCAAAACGAGGCGCAGAUCAAAUUGUCCAACGCGACCAAUGACCAACUGACCAAAGCUGUGGACCGACGCCACAAUCAAACACUGGAAGGCGUUAAGGAGGCGGUGAAAAUUUUGAAGGAAACAACUUUCGAGAGGUUCAUCAAACUGGAAAAACAAAUUGAUCAGACUUUGGAAAGUUUGGCAUAUGUGAAGCAGGCAGAAAAACGCCAGAAUCAAGAGCUUGCCGCUUUGACAAACCUCACUGAAAGUCACAUUCAGAUCUUUCAAACCAGAUUCCUUCCGCACUGCAACCUCGCUCUAUUUUCAGGUUCGUCAAAACUGACGUUGCUUUCCAGUGGCAAGAUGUACUUUUUUUCUUACCCAACUCAGACAAACUGGACUUUUGCGAAUGAGACUUGCGCCAAAAAGGGCCUCCACUUGGCCACAAUCAGAGACCAAAAUGAGGCACUGACAGUUGCGGCAGAAGGAAAAAGAAUUUAUUCUAAUGGUUGGUGGGUUUCGGCGAAAAACCAAGGAAGUAGAAACGACUUCCGUUGGAGCGACGGAACCAAGUUGGAGUUGGACAGUCCGUUGUGGAUGGACAAUGCGGACAAGAAGACGGACUGUGUUCUCAUCUAUCAUGGAUGGAAUAAGGGAAAAUUGAAUGGCUUUGAAUGCACCAAUAUUCGACCUUUCGUUUGCGAACUGCCAAGCGAAUGUUACUGAUUGUGAGACCAAAUUUGAAUUUAUGUAUUAUCGCGAUGCAACAAGCUUUUUUUAACGCAAUGAUGUACACAAUUAAAAGUAUACUUUUUCCAAUAAUUUAGCUUAAAUGUCUUGGUGUGAACAUGGGUUUCCUGUUCGAUUGUACAAUAAAUUUGGUAAAUGUU